UGAGAGUAUAAAAGGGUCCAGAAGUCCUAGGAGCAAUGUACAGAAUAGUCAUGGGCAAACUACUCAUCUGCGUUGGACUGGCUCUCCUGCUGCAUGCGCAGCUAGGAUCCUCCUACAUCCUCUCCUGUUAUUUCACUAACUGGGGUCAGUACCGGCCAGGAGCGGGCAAGUAUUUCCCCACAGAUGUGGACCCCUGUCUCUGUGACCAUCUGAUUUAUGCCUUCGCUGGCAUGGCCAACAACCAGAUCAAGACCUACGAAUGGGACGAUGAGAAACUCUAUGGACAGUUCCAGGCGCUUAAGAACCAGAACAGUAACCUGAAGACUCUGCUGGCCAUCGGAGGUUGGAACUUUGGCACUCAACCAUUCUCCGUCAUGGUGUCCAGUGCAGCCAACCGCCAGACAUUCAUUAGCAGCGUGAUCAAGUUCCUGAGGCAGUACCAGUUUGAUGGCCUGGACAUUGACUGGGAGUACCCUGGAUCCAGAGGCUCACCGCCUGCCGACAAGGCCAGAUACACCACCCUCGUGCAGGAGCUGAUGGCUGCUUUUGAGGCUGAAGGAACAAAAACCAACCGUCCUCGUCUGAUGCUAACCGCUGCCGUGGCUGCUGGGAAGGGAACCAUUGACUCUGGAUACCAGAUUGCUGCAAUAGGAUCAGUGUUGGACUACUUGCAUGUGAUGACUUAUGACUUCCAUGGGUCUUGGGAACACAACACCGGCGAGAACAGCCCUCUGUACAAAGGACCAUCAGACCAGGGAGACUUAAUCUACUUCAAUGUGAACUAUGCUAUGAAUUACUGGAAGAGCAACGGUGCCCCUGCCGAGAAGCUCCUGGUUGGAUUCCCCACCUACGGCCACACCUUCAAGCUGGCCAAUAGCGGGGAUACUGGUGUAGGCGCUCCUGCCAGUGGCCCAGGCCCUGCGGGACCCUUCACCAGGCAGACUGGCUUCUGGGCCUACUACGAGAUCUGCACCUUCCUGAAGCAGGGAGCUACCCAGGCCUGGGACUCUGCCCAGAUGGUGCCCUAUGCAUACAACAGCCAGGGCCUGUGGGUCGGAUACGAUAACAUCAAGAGUUUCAAUGACAAGAUCCAGUGGCUGAAGAACAGUGGAUUUGGAGGAGCCAUGGUGUGGAGUCUGGAUUUGGAUGACUUCUCUGGAACUUUCUGUGGACAGGGCAGAUACCCACUGAUCAACACCAUCAAGUCAGGACUGGGAACUGGAGCCAGUUGUGCAGCUCGUACAGACCCCAUCGCUCCUGUAACCCCAGCCCAGCCACCAAUCAACCCCCCCCAGCCCAGUGGUGGUGGUGGUGGAAGCAGCAGUGGAGGAUCUGGCUUCUGUGCCGGCAAAGCCAAUGGCAUUUAUGCUGACCCAACCAACACCAACAGUUUCUAUAACUGUGACCAGGGGAAGACCUACCUACAGCAUUGUGCUGCAGGCCUGGUGUUCCAAAUGAGCUGCAGAUGUUGCAACUGGGCCUAAGAAACAAUUGUUCCCUAUUUUAAUUCAUGAAUACCCUCUCUAGUAUGU